AUGGAGUGGAAUGUGACCGAAGUGGAUCGGAAGCGCUUACAAAGUCUAGAAGAUUUUGCCAGCGAAGAUGACAAGAAGGUCUUGCGAAGGAUUGGGGCGAAGAAGAGAAUAUCCUUCGAGGAUAUUGUUGCAAUCAAGAAAGCAUUACCGCAAGACGCACCUCUGUUUCUUUUUCUAAACAAUCUCACGAUCCACCACGAAGAUGUCGUCUACAAGGCUUCAGCAGAAUUCCGUGCUAAAACGGAAGCGUUACGACGUAAACAGGAAAAUAUGGCAUACAAAAAGAUUGUGCAAUCCGUGGAUGCGAGUCAGAAAUAUGGAAAAGUUGAUCAUAUGGAGAACUUCGGAGCAGAGCUUCGGGCUGUGAACCGACAGUUGAUCAACAUCAUCAACAUCAUGUUAACCGUCGUUUGUGCAUUCUUUUUUGGUUUCACCGGUGUUCAGUUCGCAUAUCCUCAUUUGCAUCUUGAUAUCGCCACUCGAUUCAUAAUAGGUCUCAUUCCUGCCACCAUCGUGUUUUUCGCAGACCUGUACUUUGCAAUGGUCUCUGCACCAAGAAACGUGCGCCCGAGUAGUGCUAGAUUGCGCCACUAUAUGAAGAUAUAUCGGUUAGCUGCCUCACCAGAUGAAAGCUGGCUCGCUGCAAGUGAUAAUUUGUCUCGAAUCUGUUUAUUCAAGCUGUCUGAUUGUUUGUCUUCAAACGCUUCCGAUGAAAGUCGGUGUCUUUCGCACUUCAUCCAAGUUCGGGAUGCCGUAUUUGCAAUGAAAACUGUCGAUCAGUUGCUGGUAUGCGGUGACUCGAAAGGUCGAAUUUUUGCUUAUGACUGGUCUGAGUUGACAAAGCGGACAGAUGUUCCGCCCAAAACUCUCUUUUCUUUUGGAGUAUUCAAUGGUGCACAGUGUUCGGUCCCUGGUCCGCAUGAAGUGAAUGGUCUGAUGUACCGCUGUGAAACGGAACGUCUGUAUGUCGGUGGAGCGGCGGAUAAUGCUGUCAGAGAGUUCGAUAUCAAUGUCCCUAAUAAGCCCUUACGCUCGUUCUCCGGACACUCAUCCACUGUUUGCGAACUGGCAUCAGCUUCACGUGAUCAGCUACUAAGUGCUUCAGCUGAUGGAACUGUACGUGUAUGGGAUGUUAGAGGACGUUCUGAAGGCCAUGUGAUCAAAGUAGCUGACGAGCCAAGGGUAAGUAUCUGA